AUGGGAGUUCAAAUGGACCAGAUGAAUGGCCUGAACGGUACGUUGAGCGCCGACAUAGACAACUUCAUUUGCCUGCGCUGUGGCGAAGGCUUCGGGCCAACCGAACAGAUUGUCAACUCGAAUGGCCAGGUUUGGCAUGGCGAAUGCUUCGUGUAGGUUUCUUUGAUAUACUAGUAGAAAAGUUUUAAAUGAACCUACAUUUUUAAAUUUGUAAGUGUAGCUUGGCCGGAAAGUCGAAAAAAGUGCUUGAAACACAAUGCCAAAUUGGCGGCAAACCAAAAUAAAUUAAAUUUAAAACUCAAAAACGCGAGCUAAAAUUUUUCAUAGGUACUAUUGGUAGUACAAAGAAUUCAUAUAAAAAUUUUGAGCUGAUUCUCGGGGCAGGUUGGGUACUUUCCUUGUUAAUUUAAAAUUUUAGUCAAAAAAGUAAGUGACAUUGUGAAUAAAUGUUAAAAAUGUUAAAUAAUGUAUUCAAUAUGAGUUAUACACCCUUUUCAGAUGUUCACAAUGUUUCCUGCCGUUCGAAGAUGGAAUCUUUUACGAAUUCGAAGGCCGAAAGUACUGUGAACACGACUUUCAUGUUCUCUAUGCUCCAUGCUGUGGAAAGUGCAGUAGGUUUUUUAUCUUUAGCUUGUUUUAAAGGUUUAAAAUUUGGAAUUUUCAAAAUAGUAGGAGCUAAAAAAAGGCUAGAAAUGAGCUGAUCAGCUAGAGAACAAGGUUUUGAAUUGCUUGAAAUUAUAUAUAAUGUUUUGAAAUGGCUCGAAAUGAUUAAAAAAGAGUUUGAAAUGGCUUGAACUUAACAAAAAUGGGUUUUAAAGUGCCUAAAAUUAGCAAAAAAAGAGUUCAUAAACAUUGAAAAUUGGCUGAAAAUUGCUAAAAAUCUUUAAAAACACCUUGAAACUGUUAAAAAUAGUUCGAAAUAAGGCAAAAAAGCCUAAAAAUCUUUGUACAUUUUCAGAAAAAUCAUUAAAAUUAAAGAUUUUGUCGAAAAAAGUCAACUUUGGCUGCUUUGCUGCAAAAAGAAUGGCAUUUUUUAAAUAAUUUUGAGUUUUUAGUAAGAGAAACAAAACAGUAUAAUAUAAAUUUAUAAUAUCUUUAAAAUACUGUAAUCUAGCUUAAUAUAACCAUAUAACCUCAUAAUCUUUCAGACGAAUUCAUUGUGGGCCGAGUAAUCAAGGCCAUGAACACGAACUGGCAUCCAGAAUGUUUUACCUGCGAAAUGUGCUCCAAAUGCCUGGCCGAUAUUGGAUUCCUGAGGAACGCUGGUCGCGCACUGUGCCGUGAAUGUAACGAAAUUGAGAAGGCUGCAGGAACAGGACGAUACGUUUGUCACAAAUGUCACGCUAUAAUCGAGGACGAGCACAUCAAGUUCAAGGGCGACAGUUAUCAUCCUUAUCACUUCAAGUGCAAACGUUGCGAGUAAGUACUAAAUAGUAACAGUACUCCUAAAGUAAUAUAUUAUUAAAUUUCAAGUUGAUUUUUAAAAUUUUUUCAACUUUUUAGGGUCGAAUUAACGAAGGAUGCAAGAGAAAUUGGUGGAGAACUAUAUUGUCUACGAUGCCACGACACCAUGGGUAUACCGAUCUGUGGUGCUUGUCAUAGACCGGUUGAGGAACGAGUUGUUACUGCGCUGGGCAAGAAUUGGCAUGUUGAGGUAGGGCAUUAGUUAUCAGAAUGUAUUAGGUGCCGACAUAAUGAACCCACCAUACUUUGCCUGCAAUUUCCUGUAAAAAAUGGCUGGUUCUUUAUGUCGGUACCUAAUAUUUUGUCGUAUUUUACAUUUUAUCACUGUUUUGGAUAUUUUGAAAUUUGAAAUUGGCUAUCAUUAUAUUGUAGUAAGUAUAGUCAAUGCAUAAUAAGUUAAUUUUUAUAGAUUACAAUUUUUAAAAUUUAAACUUUGUAGCACUUUGUCUGUGCCACAUGCGAGAAGCCAUUCAUGGGCCAUAAACACUACGAACGAAAAGGUUUGGCAUAUUGUGAACAACACUUCCACCUUCUGUUUGGCAAAGUCUGCUUCAAGUGUUCGAAACCGUGCGGCGGAGAAGUGUUCCAAGCCCUGGGUAAAACAUGGUGUGUCAAGUGCUUCAGCUGCACGUUAUGCGACAAGAAGUUGGAUCAGAAGUGAGUUGAUUUUUUAAAAUUUUUGGGUUUGGAAAGAUGGAUUUGGACAUGGUUUUUGGGGUUAGGCUGGUUUAAUGUGGCCUAGGUUAUUUUGCGUAACUUUACUGUACUAUUGUAUCGUACCCUACCCUACGCUACUCUACAUUAUCUCAAUUUACCCUACCUUACUCUGCUUUACUCUACCCUACCCUAUCCUACCCUACCCUACCUUUCUCCACAUUAUCCCACAUAUAGUUCCUUACCCCUUACCCUGACCUACUUUAUCCUACCCUACUUUACCUUGCUCUAUUUUAUCUUGCCCUAACGUACCCUUAAAGUGGUAGGUUAGAGGUUUUACUUUUAAAUCUACCUUGAUCUUUAUUUUAUCUUGCCCUACCCUACUUUAAUGGUAAUGUUUAGGGUAGGGUAAGAAAAGUGUAGGACAGGAUAUUAGGAUAGAGUAGCUUACCGUAGUUUUGAGUAGAGUCUGUAAAGAGACGUUAACUUAAAUUUAAAAUUAGUGUAAGAGGUAGCACUUGAAAAUAGUAUUUUACGACGAUUGUACUCUACCGAUACUACCAAAUUGGUUAAACACACUUUGAGCUGAAAACUGUACAUCAUAGUUAAUAUCAAGCUUUGAGAAACCAAAAAGAAGAUUCAAUAAAUUAUGAAAUAAUCCAAAAAAUUCAAAGAUUUAAAAAAUUUUAAAAUUUCGAAAGAUAAAUUUUAAAUUUCAAAAAACAUUUAAAAUACUCAAAAAUAAAUUGAAAUUUUAGAACAAAGUUCUACGAGUUUGACAUGAAACCCACGUGUAAACGGUGCUACGAUCGUUUCCCUACCGAAUUGAAAAAGCGCAUUUCGGAUAAUUUGAAAGAGCGCGAAGUCGACACGAUUCGGCGGAGAAGCGCCUCGCCCGCUCCAACCAAAACUAAGUAA